GUGAAGAGCACACGACGGAUGUACGCAAACGUUGAACAACAACAAAAAGCAAAAAGUGGAUUUGUGAUCUCCGAAAAAUGGCUGCUGUUUGGCAGCAGGUUUUAGCAGUUGAUGCUAGAUAUAAUGCGUACAGAACUCCAAAUAAUCCUCAAUUCAGAACCCUGUACAUUCGUAGACGGAGUCAACUUUUAAGAGAACAUGCAAAAAAAGAGCAUGAUCCACAAGUCCGCAAGCAAUACCUCAAAAACAGGACACAACUAUUGGCAGACCGCUAUGGCGCUACCAUAUCCUUGUCUGACCACAGUGGCAGCUUGUGGAGUAGAAGUGCUAGUGUCCUCGGCAGUAGAGGGAGCUUAGAUGACCUAGGAGGGGAUGGGGUGUACCGCACCCACAAGCGACAGGCUAGUAGGGGCUCAUACAAAGCAGAAAACAUCAACCCAGGAGCUGUAGAGAGUGUUGGACUGAUCCCUACAAGGAAUGCAGAAGCAAGCAGAGCUAUGGCAGGGGACACAUCAACAGCUGAGAACUAUGCAUUUGCUGGCAUGCAUCACAUCUUUGAUCAACACAAAGGUGCAGUAACAUGUGUUAGAUUCGCAAAUGAUGACAAGUCUCGAAUCGCCUGCUGCUCAUUGGAUGGUAACAUUUCUGUUUGUCAAGUUCUUCCCGAACCCGCAACUGUUGUCUGUGUUUUUAAAGGUCAUACGCAAGGGGUGAAAGAUUUCCGUUGGUCGCUAUCCAAUGACAUGUUGCUCUCAGCGUCGUUGGACACGACUGCUAAGCUAUGGUCCGUUAGCUCAGGAGCCUGCAUACGUACUGUACAAGACCAGGCCAAAGGUCAACUUCUAGCUUGCACUUUUCAACCUGUUAACAACAACAUGAUCGUUACUGGCAGUAACAAGGGUCAUGUACAGGUCUUCAACAUCUCCACUGGAAAGCCAUUCAAAGGAGGCCUAGGCAAGACAAUAGGCAGAGUGCUUUCACUAGAAUUUGAUGAAGAAGGCCAGCGACUGUGGGCUGGAGACGACAAGGGUAUGAUCACGUCAUUUCUUUAUGAAACUGCUUCGGGGAAACUGACAAAAAGUAAACGUGUUAACAUAUGUGAAGGCAGCCCUGUGACUAGCAUCUCAUUCCGUUCAUGGGUUAGCCGAGAAGCAAGGGACCCAUCCCUAUUGGUCAACGUAGCAGUCAAUCAAGUCUGUCUGUACAAGGUCAUGGGUAAAGACGGUAACCUUCAACUGAAGAAGACAUUUGCCAUUAAGCACAAACGAGAAGCGGUUCGCAGCAGCUUCUGCCCCUUGAUGUCAUUCAGGGAAGGGGCAUGUGUAGUUACUGGUAGUGAAGAUAUGUGCGUGUAUUUCUUUGAUAUUGAGCGGUCAACCAAGCCGUGUGUUAAUAAGUUGCAGGGUCACUCAGGUCCUGUGCUUAGUGUCUCAUUUAACUACGACGAAAGUCUGCUAGCAUCUUCAGACUGCAAUGGGCUGGUGAUCAUUUGGAAAAGGGAGCAGAAAUCAAGCUAGCGUCAAAUAUUGAAAUGAAGACAUCACCAUCGUCGCCUCUAUCCUAAUCUAUAUACACAUGAACAUUCCUCCCAUAGAAAGAGGUGAUUCAAUGUGUAAUGUACCAUGGAGUCAACAAGUAUUUUUUGAAAAUAUUUGUUUACCUCUCAGUGCAUAGCAGUGCUAUAAAAUCGUAUAUAAU